CUAUCCUGUGACUCGAUUUUAAUUUGUAUGGUAUCUUAUCCGCCGACACGUUUCCCAUCAGGGAGAUAUAAGAUCUCCAUUUAAGCCUCCGAACGAUUAACCGUUUAGCCUUUAUUCUCCGGCACUCUUGAUUAAUGCGGGGAUUAAGACCUGGCAGCACGUGGGAAUAAGCUUCUCAUCAAACAAAGUGCUUAUAAGGAGGGCCGGCCUGAUGCUUCGUUCUCACUUUUCGUCCCAUCUCCAUAGAAUUCAAGAUGCAGUGGACAGUUCUCCUCGCGGCUUUUGCGCCAAGCGUCCAUGCCAUUCUUCGUUUCUCCUGCUCGGAGCUGGUGACUGAGCGUCUGGAUCCGUAUGAAGCCUUUCUGUGUUGUGGAUCCUGCUGACGUUGGUAGCCUGGUCUUUCCUGGGAGUAUUCCGUCGCCUCAUGUUCACCAGGUUAGUCGCCUGUCCCUUUUAUGAAUCAUGCUGACAGUUUAGUUUAUUGGAGGGGUGAGUGUUUUGCCCUGAUAAUUUUCGCCGCUUACUUUUUAGAAUGCAAUGAACGCCACCAUGGAUCCGGCGAUUGAUCUCCCGACUGCAUCUACCUGCACCACCUGCACCUUCACGCAAGACUUCUCCAACUACUGGACUGCAACGCUGUACUUUCAAGCCCGAAACGGAAGCUUCAUCCGCGUCAAGCAAAAGGGGAACCAAGGCUUUGAGUCGGCAAAGGGCGGCAUGACUGUCUAUUACUCCCAACCAUACGAUGGGAGCAAGGUCACUGCCUUCAAGAAGGGAUUCCGCAUGGUCGUCGGCAGCCCGAUGUACCGGACUGCUGCUGAAUCAUCAAAGAACCGCCAGCUCACAUUUACAUGUCUACAGGACGCUUCGACGAGGACUGGCGAGACAACGAAUAUGCCAGUGCUGCCGUGUCCUGCUGGUAUCAUGUCCAACGUCAGGUUUCCGACAUGCUGGGACGGAGUCAACCUUGACAGCGCAGACCACACGACCCAUGUCGCCUACCCAUCUAGCGGGACAUUUGAGAGCAACGGACCUUGUCCAGCAUCCCACCCCGUCAAGCUCCCACAGCUCUUCUACGAGGUCAUAUGGGACACGACGCCCUACAAUGACAGAGCCCUCUGGCCCUCAGACGGCAGCCAGCCUUUCAUCUGGAGUUAUGGUGACCCGACCGGCUACGGAACGCAUGGCGAUUAUGUCUUUGGCUGGAAGGAUACGUCGCUGCAGCAGGCCAUGGACACCAACUGCCAGCCCGGGCCCUGUGCCGCGCUCUCGGAGCAGUCGAUCGCCGCGGGGAAUGCCUGCUCAAAGGCUCGCUCUGUCAACGAGGAGGUGGACGGAUGGCUCGCUGCUCUGCCAGGCAACAAUCCGGUCACUGGAGUCAAUCCUGGCGCGGGAUUGGGGAAUCCGAGUGGCGGCGGAACUCCCACGAACCCUGGGACGGGGACAGGCAAUGGCGGAACGGCUGCUCACUGGGAUCAGUGUGGCGGGCAAGGAUGGACGGGACCGACGGUCUGCGCGAGUGGGUAUACAUGUAAAGUGUCGAAUCAGUGGUACUCGCAGUGUUUGUAGGGAUCGUGCCUGCCGGAUCGAUUGCUAGAAGACAUCUACCAUUUUGAAAGCGCGUGAUGGCUUUGAAAUAGAUAACCGGAAUUGAUUUAUAUGUGUAUAUACUACCU